UAUAACUUCACCUCAUGCUAUUUGAACGGCGAACCACCGUUGUCUUCAGGUGCGAUUUUUCGUUUCCGAAUAAUAGCUAUCGACCCAAAAACUCGACAAGCUCUGUUACCACCCUCCGAUUGGUCAGCCCCCGUCUCCAUGGAGCAUAUUAGCCCCGUUGAACCUCCUGAGAUUGAGGCGGUCCGAGCAUUAGGUAGACUUCGUAAAAUCCCUGUCCUCAGCAUUUGUGGAUUAGGCAGAUGCUGA